GUCUAAAAGAGAGAUGUACGUUGUUUCUAAAUUUCAGCUUAUUUACGUAUGAUGUUUCGUAUAUAUUAUUCUCGUACAUAUUGAAUAUAUAACACAAUACUGCCAUAUAUAUCUCUUAGUGUGGACGUGCAAACAUCUUCGAAGGACUCAAUGAAAAUGAUGGCUGUUAGAGCGUUUGGUUUUCUACUCAUAGCGAUUGUAACACAAAGUGGCGUGGAGGGACUGGAUCUGAAGGAUGGGGGACUUUUAAGAAAACUCUUGACACAGAGGUCUGAAUCCGACAAAGCCUGUUUCACGGACCCUUGUCACGAUUUUGAUGUCACGGAGUGUGAUCUUGAAUGUCACGUUACUUACAUGGAGGACUCUUACUAUGAAGUUUUAUAUCAUGGGUGUCUCGUGCAGUGUGCUGAAGAUUAUAUGUAUUGUAAAUAUGAAUUGGAUUGCGACAUUCCAUGAUUAAGUUCUUGAAAAUUAAAAAAAAAACAAAUCA